AUGGCGCCGGACGACGCGGAGACCCGGCCGCUCCUGGGGCGGCCCCGCGGCGGCGCGCCCCGCGGCCGCCGCGUCUUCCUCGCCGCCUUCGCCGCCGCCCUGGGCCCGCUCAGCUUCGGCUUCGCGCUCGGCUACAGCUCCCCGGCCAUCCCGAGCCUGCGGCGCGCCGCGCCCCCCGCGCCGCGCCUCGACGCCGCCGCCGCCUCCUGGUUCGGGGCCGUCGUGACCCUGGGCGCCGCGGCGGGCGGCCUGCUGGGCGGCUGGCUCGUGGACCGCGCGGGGCGCCAGCUGAGCCUCCUGCUCUGCGCCGCGCCCUUCGUGACCGGCUUCGCCGUCAUCACCGCCGCCCGGGACGUGUGGGUGCUGCUCGCGGGUCGCCUCCUCACCGGCCUGGCCUGCGGCGUCGCCUCCCUCGCCGCCCCGGUGUAUAUCUCGGAAAUCGCCUACCCUGCCAUCCGGGGGCUGCUGGGCUCCUGUGUGCAGCUGAUGGUCGUCAUAGGCAUCCUCCUAGCCUACCUGGCCGGUGGGGUCCUGGAGUGGCGCUGGCUGGCGGUGCUGGGCUGCGUGCCCCCCUCCCUCAUGCUGCUGCUCAUGUGCUACAUGCCCGAGACCCCGCGCUUCCUGCUGACUCAGCACAAGCACCAGGAAGCUGUGGCCGCCCUGCAGUUCCUGUGGGGUUCCGAACAGGACUUGGAAGAGCCCCCGGCGGGGACUGAGCACCAGGGCUUCCACCUGGCCCAGCUGAGGCAGCCCAGCAUCUACAAGCCCUUCAUCAUUGGCAUUUCACUGAUGGCCUUCCAGCAGCUGUCGGGGAUCAACGCUGUCAUGUUCUAUGCAGAAACCAUCUUUGAGGAAGCCAAGUUCAAGGACAGCAGCCUGGCCUCAGUCAUCGUGGGCAUCAUCCAGGUGCUGUUCACGGCCUUGGCGGCCCUCAUCAUGGACAAAGCUGGGCGCAGGCUGCUCCUGGCCCUGUCAGGUAUGGUCAUGGUGUUCAGCACCAGCGCCUUUGGCACCUACUUCAAGCUGACCCAGGGUGGGCCCAGCAACUCCUCACACGUGGCCCUCUUGGCGCCUACCUCGGUGGAGUCUGCUGAUGCCAGUGUGGGGCUGGCCUGGUUGGCGGUGGGCAGCAUGUGCCUCUUCAUUGCCGGCUUUGCUGUGGGCUGGGGGCCCAUCCCCUGGCUCCUCAUGUCGGAGAUCUUCCCUCUGCACGUCAAGGGCGUGGCCACCGGCGUCUGCGUCCUCACCAACUGGCUCAUGGCCUUUCUGGUAACAAAGGAAUUCAGCAGCCUCAUGGAGGUGCUGAGGCCCUACGGCGCCUUCUGGCUCGCCUCUGCCUUCUGCAUCCUCAGUGUCCUUUUCACUUUGGUCUGCGUCCCUGAAACCAAAGGGAAGACUUUGGAGCAAAUCACAGCCCACUUUGAAGGGCGAUGACAGCCCCUACUUGGCAACGGCUGUCCUCGCUGGGCCGGCCUCGGGCUACGGAGGGGACGGAACCUGCCUGUUACUUCAAAACAGGUCUCGGCCAGAGCCCGGCACCCCAGCCUGCUCCCGGCCUCCCGGGAGCCAGGAUCCAGGCCAGAGCCCCUCAGAACAUCCCUUCCAGGGUCCCUCCUUCCUGCCCAGAGCUUUAGCCCAGCAACCCCGGCACCAGGUGUGCCAGCUGCCGGCCCAGUUCCACCGCCGCUCGGGCUUGGGAAGCCGGGACAUCUCAGACCUGCCCAGCGGCCGUGGUCAGUCCUCUCCGGCCAUCUCCAUUGUGACACUGAAGGGACAGAGGGGGGCGCCUCGUUUUCUGGCUGAGAUGCUUUCGGAGACUGGUGACAGCCCACAGUUUUUCCUCAGGAAGGAACUUUGUUUGCCAAAUAAAGAUUUGACUUGGAAAAUCAGGUCAUGGCCUUUUUGUGAGAGCCGAAGUUUGCGAAGGGCCUAUUUCCAACCUUUCCGUGAGCCGCCUCCUGUGGACUGGGCCUUGCCAAGAAUAUCUGGUGGACUUUGUAUGGUCAGCCAGGCUCAGCCUUGGCACUUGGAGGUGCUUUCUAACUCUUUCCAUGGGCUCAGUUCUCUGGGCCAUUAGUCACCAAAUCUUGUUUUAAAAAAUAAAAGGCUGCUUUAAUAUUUUUAUAGCAAUUAGCCACCACCAUAAGCACAAAUAUUAACCCUUUAUUUGGAUAAUUAAUAAAAGAAUCUCAC